AUGAAGCAAAUAAAUGCCAUAAUCCAAUCAACCGGAGUUCCACACAUUUUGGCCGGAGGCCUAAAUUCGUUGGAUGAGACGGAUUACUCGCACGAGAGAUGGACGGAUAUCGUGAAGUACUAUGAAGAAAUGGGUAAGCCGACACCUAAGGUUGAGGUGAUGAAGUAUCUCAAGAGUAAUGGAUAUGUAGAUGCCAAAUACUAUGCGGGCGAAUGUGAAUCGGUUGUUAUGAUCGCCAAAGGUCAAAGCGUACAAGGGACAUGCAAAUACGGAACACGAGUGGAUUAUAUACUAUCGUCUGCAAACGCGCCAUACAAAUUUGUUCCCGGUUCGUAUUCUGUGAUCUCAUCCAAGGGAACUUCGGAUCAUCACAUAGUGAAAGUCGACUUAAUCAAAGUUACCGAUAGUCCUCAACAAUGCGCGAGUAAGAAGAUUGGACAAGAGAGAAAGAGGAGAGUGAAGAUCACUCAUUCCUCAUCUCCAACAAAGUGUAUAUGGAAAACACAUUCUUGA